AUGCUAGACGACCUUAUGCGCGUGUUGGAGCACGACCACCAAGAAUGGGUGCUCCACCAAGAAGGCAAGGUCGUCGUCGAGGUGAUGGCGCGUGCCAUCCGACCAGAAACAUUGAAGAGUGCUGUGCAGAAGCAGUUACAGCUUCAGCGAAACAAGGGCUUGAAAAGCGAUGUAUUUCGCUUUGUGAACUGGCUUCGGCAGUUUUCGGCCGGUUUCCAGCU